UCUGUCAAAAGUGCAGUACUUUGACAGCGCAUUAGGUACACAAUGUAAGAAGUUCAUAAUUUUACAUUCAUUCUCAAAGUCCUAUUUCUAAAAUGAGAUGAAGUAAUUAAAAUUUUCUAGUAGUAAAGAAGGAAUAUGGAAAACAAUGACGAACCACCUACCGAUAAAAAGUCUGCUUCUAGAGCCAAAUCCAGUGGCGCUCCGUCCAGACGAAAUGCGCGAAGAAUGUUAAGUGUCAAUGAAGCUGUGAAAUCUUUAGACUUGGCUCUGUGCAGUUUCAAAAAGCGAACGGCUGUUCCCAAUUGCGCUCCAAAUAACUCUCAAUCGGGACCACUCAGGCACUCCGUGACCGCAGUAGACAUGGAUGCCUUAGACUUCCCGUGCAGCACGACGGGGAUGGAUAACACCUCUCUCAUGUCUAUGAACUUCUCGCACUAUGAAUUGAUGCGCAAUUUGUCCCGUUCCAACAAUUCUGAAGGCGCCUUCAGCGAUACCACUAACAAGUUAGCCAAUCCCAUGGACUUGAGAAUGAAACGUGAGCACUUGGAGCGUUACUUCCGCAGCGCCGAAAUGUGGAGCCACGCGCGUGACGAGUCCGGCAGCGUCUGCAGUUUUGGUAUACCAGAAAAAUAGCAACCAGGCGCUAUAUACAUACAUAUUUCUUUAAAUGUGGCGUGUGUAAUGAAAUGAAACUUCCCAAUGAACGAUUAUGUAAAUUUCAAAAUUGUAUUUAAUUAAAGAAACUUUACAAUAAUAACAGAAUAAUCUCAGAAUUUACAAAUGAAACGUACCGAUCUAUACAACACUGUAACUCUUAAACGUGACGAUAAGAUUUAUAACACUGAGUAACAACAACGUAGAUUUUAGAUGCUUUACCUAGGGUUUACACCAUCAAAGGCGCGAUAUUGAAUACAAUAAUUAUUGAGGAGUGUACGACUAUGAGUAUUUAAGUAUUGCUUUCAUUCGUCUAGCCUAGUUUUAUUUCAUAUAAUAUAAUCAUCUAAGUAAAUAUAAAUAGUUAUUUUAAGCCUCAAAGGCAUCAA